AUGCGGUCCCCCUUGUCUCUUCUCAUUAGUCCUAUACGAGGCAUCUUAUUUCUUGCUCUUCUUAGCUUGCCUUGUUCUUCUAUGGCUCUAGAUUCGGCAACUAGAAGCGCUGACUCGGUUCUUACUCUAACGCCCAUCCGAUAUGCAAAUACUUCUACACUGUCCAUUGCGUACUAUGAUUCGGCGCCAAGCGACUCAGCCGCACCGGUUGCCAUCCUCAUCCACGGGUUCCCUUACUCGAUCGACACCUAUGUGGAUGUUGUGCCCAAGCUGGCCGCCAAGGGCUAUCGCUUGAUAGUGCCGUAUCUGCGUGGCUAUGGCACCACCUCGUUUCUCUCGCCUACAACCCCACGCAGUGCGGAACAGGCCGCGCUUGGCAAGGAUAUCAUUGACCUGAUGGAUGCCCUGAGCAUCGACAAGGCCAUCUUUGCGGGCUACGACUGGGGGUCAGUCGCCGCAAAUGUUGCCGCAGCCCUGUGGCCGGAUCGCUGCACCGGCAUGGUGGCCGCGAAUUCGUACCUGAUCCAGAGCCGUCGAGCGGCGUGGGCGAUAGCGCCGCCGGCGUCUCUCGCCACGCGAUGGUACUUCUACGUCUUUCUGACGCCGCAGGGAUACAGCGCGCUGGCCAGCGAUGCGCGAGGAUGGGCUGCGACGCUGUGGUCCAAGAACAGCCCGCAGUGGAACUGGACUCAAGCUCAGCUCGACGCGGCGGCUCCGGCGUUUCGCAACCCAGACUAUGUCGACAUCGCGACGAACUUCUACAGAAACCGCUUACUGUACGCACCCGGCGACCCAGCUUAUGCAGACUUGGCCGGCCAACUAGACUCGCUGCCCAUCAUCCAGGUCCCCUCCGUCACACUGGACCCGGACCAGGCUCCUGUGUUCCCCGCGACGAAUGGCUCGUCAACUGCGCAGCACUUUGCAGGCCCGCGAGUGCAUCAUAUCGUCCAAGACUGUGGCGAAAACAUUCCUCUUCAGAAGCCUCAGGUCUUUGCGGAGGCGGUCCUGGAGGUGGCGGCUCUCGGGAAGCGCCCAUAUUAA